CAGCAAGCCCUCCUGGCAGCUACAUUCAUUCCCUCCCUUCCCCUCCCUCUUUCUCCUCUUCUUUUAAUGGAUCCAUAUAUUCACAAGUCGGGCUGUGGCUACUGAUCUGUGCUUGUCAAUACGUUUUCUCUCCUUAAUUUUCUGCAUGGAUAAAACUGGAAUGUACCAAAACCACACCAAAGACACCAACAACAACUGCAACAAAAGCCUCCUCUGUGAUCACAAGCAAAAGCUUAUCCAGGCUAUUAAAAGAAUCAAGCACGAGGUAGAUGAGUGCAGAGAAGCAGAGAGAGAGACGUAUGUGGAGUCAGUGGAAGUAGAGGGCAGGUUUGAUGACCUGGAACGAGAAAUCAGAGCCGAGUUUCAGAACCUCCAUCGUUUCUUGGAUGAGGAGGAGUGUAGGGACCUGGAGCGGCUGAGGAGGGAGAGACAGAAACAACUGAAGCAGCUGAAGGAGAGAGAGAAGAAGAUGGCUGAGCAAGGGAAAGACCUGGAGAGAGCCAUCACAGUGCUCAACAGCAAACUGGCAGAGGAGGACAGUCCCAAGCUUCUCAAAGAAAUUCAAGAUCUAAUAAAAAGGUCUCAGGUCAGCUUCGUUCUCCCGGCAGAGGUGGACACUGAGGUGCGCUCUGGCCAGUUUGUGGGGCCGAUCCAGUACAGGAUAUGGAAGCAUAUGAAAAGCUGUCUCUACCCAAAUAUUACAUCAGUGACCUUUGACCCUGAGACAGCCCACCCCAAUCUGUCCCUGUCCCAGGCUUGCACCUCGGUUUGGUUUGAGGAGGAUAAAGACACGAAGGAUUGCCUGGCCAACCCACGACGGUUCCACUACUAUUACUGCGUGUUGGGUCAUCAGGGUUUCAUCACAGGGCGACACUACUGGGAGGUGGAGGUGGGUGGUAAGACAGCAUGGAGGUUGGGUGUAGCACGAGAGGAUGUCCCAAGAGGGGAGAUGGCUGCUACAGGCACAUCCAGUGGCCUCUGGACCCUGGCCCUGAAGGGCGGAUCCAUCCUGGCCUGCACUGACCCAAAACCAACCAAAAUCAAUGUGUCUGUCGGGCUUGCCCGCAUCGGCGUGUUCUUAGACUGUGAGGAGGAGGAGGUGUCUUUCUAUAAUGCUGUUACCAUGGCGCCAAUCUACACUUUCACCAUGGGAACAGUCAUGGUUCCUCUGUUCCCCUUCUAUAACCCGUGUGACACAGAUGAUGGAAAGAACACAGCUCCACUUAAGAUGUUUAACCCUUCACUAUGACAAGGAACUAUCACCAUCAGCUUGAACACUGAUGGUCCAAUACAUGUUGUUCAUUUCACAUUAGUAGAAUUAUCAUUACAUUUAGAACUGAUUUAAAUAUGGAUGACUUAGCUAGUUGAUCAGAAAAAAAUUAAUUUGCAACGAUUUUAGUUUUUAGUUUUAAUUUUUCAACAAAAAGUGCCACUUUUUUCUGUUGUCUUACAUAAAAAUAAAGUGAAUAUUUUGGGGAUUUUUACUGUUUUGUCAGGCAAAAAAGGCAUCAGCAUGGAUUAUGGGAACUUGUAAUUGACAUUUUUCUCAUUUUUCUAUUUUCUGACAUUUUAUAGACAAAAUGAUUAAUUGAUCAAUGAGAAGAUAAUUGACAGAAGUUUUGAUGCUGAAAAUAGUUAAUUGCAGUCCUAAUUAUGUCAUAUACUUACAACUUGUGGCAAGAAUGUUGUAAAUAGAGAAUCUCCUCAUUAAAUACUCUCAUGAAAACACAUCAAAUGUGGCUGUUAGUGUACCCACAAACAAUUCUGUGUAUAUUUCAUGUAUAUCUCCUAAUUUUACUGAUAUUACUUGAAUGCUUUUGAGAUUCAGCGAAACAAAUGUGGUGGAAUUUAUAAAUCUUGAUCUAAUGCAGUCGUAUCUGUGAAAGAGUUUAGGAAAACAAAGUAUGGGGAAGGUAAUUUUCAGGUGGCCUGGAGCUUCAGAGUCUAUAGCAGGUGUCAACAGCAUUAUGAUGUUACCUUUGGCCUGUUUAUAAAUAUCUCUGUUGUGCCUGCUCUGCUAUGACACGUCCUGUCGAGGUUAUGCGAUCAGUGGGACCUUGGGUGAGAAAGUGGCAUGUGACACUCAGCGACAAAUGACGACUGACAAUGACUGAGAUAACUGCCAGAGCUGGAGCGGACAGCUCUGACUCUAAACUGUCCCCUCUGCGAGUUUGCUGCUUAGAAAACAGGAAAACAAAGACGACAGCACAGCGAAUGUCAUAAUCUUUUGUUUAUUCUUAGUAUUCCUUUAAACAUGAAAUAAAGAAAAAAACUAUUUCUUUUACAAAACAUCUGUGUGAAGUGUUGUGCAAAAAGGGAGUACAGAGAGAAUAUGAAGAACGUCACACCACACCCAGGCCAGAACAGCAGAAGUAAACAGAGAGGGCAGAGACAACUCACAUAGUGCAAGAAGUGCCAGUGGUGUUAACAGUAGUGGUUUCUAUUAGUGGGUUAUCAGAGGUGUAUGAAACCAGAAUCCCUCUGGCACCUGUUAGAUAUAAUAACUCUGACCCCACUAAACCGAGCCCUCUCUAAGAUACUGGUAAUGUGUAAACCAAAGGCUCGUUCUGCCCAUUAAUGCACUAUCCUCCUCUCUCACAUCCCUACUCACUCUGAGUGGCUUGGUAUUACAAUCACUGACAAUAUUCAGUAGUGGUGGUGCACGGAAAUGCUGUUUUAGCAGUCUCUCAGUCAAUUGCUUAUCACAACUUAACCCUCAAGGGUCACUCACACAAAGCUUUGUCAUUCAUCUGCUGCUAUCAAGUAUUCACUCACAUACUCUGAACUGUGCCACAGACUUGACCAAUGCAAUGGAAAACACCCUCACUCGCAGAUACUCAACACUCCUUAUGCUACACAUAAUCAUCUGGGAAACCUGAAAGUCAGACUUUCAUCUUUAUAAUUGACUCUUAAUACAAUACAACACAUGUCCCCUACACAUUAGCACAUCAUAGGCCAGUCAGUGAUAUUCCUUUGUUAAGUCAGGUGUGCAAACAGCUGUCUACAUCUGUGAAUACUCUACCUAUUUAGAAGAAGGUGCCAUUAGGAGUGUCGGCUAACGACAGAAUACAGGCCGACUAUCCAAUACACGUUUUAGGCACUAAAACAAAGACGAGAAUCACUGAAAUAUCUCAAAGUUACAAUAUCGUUUACAAUUUCUUGUGGUAAACACAUUCACACUUCAUGACUUCAACACAGCACUUGUUUUCUUCACAUUGCAACACGAUUGAAGCAGGCACAUGGAUACCUUAACUCACAACAGACGGAGAAGCUCACACGAAGGACGGUAGUUUCGUUCUGUACAAACAACACACACACACACACACACGUGCACUCAUAGCAGUCAUAAAUCAUUCACGUUCAUACACCAUAGGCGUAAGCACUUAAAACACACAAUUCCCCAACGCACAAUGAUGACAACAAUAAAACGUCACUCCUCUGGUCACACGCACACACACAGAAAUGACUUUAGGACAAUGAAAGCCUGUUGUUCAGGGCAUGUUGUGGGCAUGCUGCAGUCAACGCUUUAAGUGACAUAGGUUAAACAUUUUAAUACAACAUGUAAAUACUGUGAGAGAUACUGUAAGCUGUGAGUAUCACCAGGUUGGAAUGGCAAUAAUAGCAGAUAAUUGAUCUAAAAAGAUCUAAUAUAGUCUUGAUGGAUUUUUUUUUUCUUUUGCAAUAUUUGGUUCUUAAAUUAGUUCAAGACGUUAGUGAAUAUUAGUGUAAAUAGUAUAUAUUAUGUGUAUAUAUUCUACACUCUUGAUUUAAGGUUGGUGAGAAAUUUAAAUUAGUUUUCUUUUUUAUUAUUCAGUAUAAUACAACAACCGCUCUAUUCACUAAAAACAUUCAGCCUUAAGGGGGGGUUAAACUGGCGUACACAUGCAAUAUUUACAGGGCUGCAGUGUAUGUGUAUGAGUAUGUGUGCAUGUGUGUGUGUGUGUGUGCAUGUGUGCAUGUGUGCGUGUGUGUGUGUGUGUCUGGUUUGUGAAUCUGUGUGCAUGUAAAGA